UUGUCUCAGGCUUCACGUCAUUGAGCCUGGAGGCAUAAGGCCCCAGUAAAGAGUACCACCUAUUCCUUAAGUCGGGGACAGGGCCCCGUGAACGAGAAUUCAACUGGAAGCUGCAUUCUUGAGGAAGGAAAGGGACACAGCACAGAAACUUUUCUUAGGAACAGGCCUUCCUUCGUCUUUGCAGAGCCAAAUACUAGCUGACCAAACACUUCCUUUCCCAGUGAAUGCCAUUCCGCUCCUUCGGGUCGCUUUGAAAAUGUAGAGGGCGGGUAUAGCCGCCGCCUCCUUUUCCGACUACAUCCUGCAUCUUCAUACGGGUACUUCCUAUAGCUUUACCCUGUCACUAUGGUCAUGGCGGAGGGGACGGUAGUGCUGAGGAGAAACAGGCCGGGCACCAAGGCUCAGGAUUUUUACAACUGGCCAGAUGAAUCUUUUGAGGAAAUGGAUAGUACAUUAGCAGUUCAGCAGUACAUACAACAAAACAUAAGGACAGAUUGUUCUAACAUUGACAGAAUCUUGGAUCCCCCUGAAGGGCAGGAUGAAGGUGUGUGGAAGUAUGAACAUCUUCGGCAAUUUUGUCUUGAACUUAAUGGACUUGCUGUCAAGCUUCAGACUGAAUGUCACCCUGAUACUUGUACUCAAAUGACUGCAACGGAACAAUGGAUAUUUCUUUGUGCAGCUCAUAAGACUCCAAAAGAGUGCCCUGCAAUAGACUACACUAGACACACACUAGAUGGAGCUGCAUGUCUUUUGAAUAGUAACAAAUAUUUUCCAAGCAGGGUUAGCAUAAAGGAGUCAUCAGUAGCUAAACUUGGAUCAGUGUGCCGCAGAAUUUACAGAAUAUUUUCACAUGCUUACUUUCAUCAUCGUCAAAUAUUUGAUGAGUAUGAGAAUGAGACUUUUCUGUGUCAUCGGUUCACUAAAUUUGUGAUGAAGUAUAACUUGAUGUCCAAGGAUAAUCUGAUUGUGCCAAUUUUAGAAGAAGAGGUGCAAAAUUCAGUUGCUGGAGAAAGUGAAGCAUGAUGAAAUAAAGUUGCAGUAAUCCACAAUGAGGAACAUACUAACAGUUAUGUACUGUAUAUAUCAUUUUAGAAUCUUCAAUCAUGUAUCUUUAUAGCUUCUUUGUUAAUAUGGAUUCAGUAUACUUUGUGCGCUGUUUUUAAAUGAGAAACAUCAUCAUUAAGUUAUUCAACUAUUAUUCAUCGAUGUGAUAUGGAUUUUAAGAAAUGAGCUGUAUCUGUUUAUAAAUCCUGUUAAUAAAAUUGUUUUCAUUGUUGUCCAUUUAUGAUC